AUGGACGUUAUCUUCCAAAGGGUUUUUUCCAAAAGACGGUCCAUGAUUUCUCAACAAGGCGCACAACACGCAAUCUGUUCUGAUCUUCUCGAUGUUCUCAACAACAACCAAGAAAAACCUCAACCUCAACCACAACGAGGAUCCGCCCUGCGAACUACGGAGUUGAUGAUUCUCCUCCUCGCUUUCGCCUUCCUCACAUUUGCGCCUGUCAUUUGUAACUUCUUCGCGAACUACAUGUAUCAACGCACGGCACGAAAACGUGAAUCAGCUGCCCAGGUCAAGAAAAUGGGAGAGGAAAUCGAGGCCCUCAAGACGGAAAUCAACGCAGCUUGGGCUGCCCUCGAGGAAAACAGGGCAGAACUUAGGGCAAUCAAGACUCGAGGAGAAGAGGACAGGAUCGAUUGUACGGAGUAUGAGAUUUUGCAUUGA